AUGAGUGAUUGCACAAUAAUGCAUCUAAAAAGUCCACAACAUGUCAAGUUGUGGCUGUGGUGCAGGCAGGACACCUGUUUAAUAGGCCCCGCCCUUCCUCAUUUCACAAUAAAUGGCUUUAAUUGCCACAUUUACUGUAGCUGCUUUGAAUACAUCUAAUAGUUGUGGCAAUGUUCUUUGUCCUUGCUAGACUUGGAAACAUGCAGCUGGGAGUCCUCACACGGUGUUACAAAAAAACGUUUGGCCAGGGGGGGAGCGUGCUGGCUGUGCCUGAUGCAGGAAUGAUAUCCGACUGGUUGGAGCAGCACGCGGGCCAACAGUGGAAGGGAGUCGACCUUGGACGCCUGACAAGGCAAUUAUCAGCGCCUCAUCAGAUAAAGGAAAGACUUCCCAUCCAGCGACGUAUAAAAGAGGAGAGGUCCUGCCUUCAACACAACCUCUCUUCUGCAUGUGAUGGCCAACUCUGCACUGCAGCUCAUCGGCUUCUUCCUGGCGCUGAGCGGCCUGGCCGUCACCAUGAUGGCCACCGUCAUGGUGGAGUGGAAGCGCCACUUUGAGGGCAAGUCCCACAGCAUCUACGAGGGCUUGUGGAUGAGCUGCAGCGGCGAGCACCGCACCACCUGCGAGCUGCACGAGUCCGUCCUGGAGCUGCCAUUGGAGAUCCAAAUAACGCGAGCGCUGCUGCUGCUCAGCAUCUUCCUGUCGGCCAUGGCCUUGCUGGUGUCCACCGUGGGGAUGAAGUGCACGCGCUUCAUGGACGACAAGGCCGUCAAGUCCACCGUGGCCCGCAUUGGAGGGGUUCUGUUCAUGGUCUCAGGUAUUCUGACUUUCAGCAUUACUUCGUGGUUUGUCAAGAAGAUUGUUCAUAAGGUCCAUGAGUCUCAUCAUCUGCACAGUUUUGAGUUUGGCAGGGCGGUGUUUGUGAGCUGGGCCGCCGGUCUCCUCACGACGGCCGGCGGAGCGUUCCUGAGCUGCGGGAGGUGCGCCAGGUCCUCGGCGUCCAGUUCUAUAAGCUCCAACCACCUAACGCCGCCAAGCCCCUCGGCGACGGUGUGCAGUCAAAAGGUGCCUGAUCACAAUCAAUGUCAUGACUACUGAUGAAUUAUUAUUGUCCAUCAACCCUUGUACUAAAACACACUUCAGCUUUUAUACUAGGAAUUAUUUUUUUUUAAAUAUAUUUUAUUUUUUAUAUACGUUUUAAAAAAAUAUAUAUAAUUGUUUUUCCUUACUAGGAUUUCUUAAAUGUACUCUACUUUGUAUUGUUGCAUACUAUAAACGUGUUUAUGUACAGUUUUUUGUGAGAAUAAAAAU